UAUGACAGAGAGGGUACUUAUUACCCUUAUUCUCUCCCAUCCCAUCCCGACUUCCCUUCUUUUAUUUCUCUCUUAAGAACCCAAAUCAACCUCCACCUCUACCUAGAUGGACACGGACGUGACGAUGGUUCCAGCCGGCGAUUCCAGCUCCAGCGACGCCGGCCCCUCAUCCUCCACCAAGAAACCCAAACGAUUCGAAAUCAAGAAGUGGAAUGCCGUCGCUCUUUGGGCCUGGGAUAUUGUUGUGGAUAACUGUGCGAUUUGUAGGAAUCAUAUUAUGGAUCUCUGCAUUGAGUGCCAAGCCAAUCAAGCGAGCGCUACAAGCGAGGAGUGCACUGUCGCCUGGGGUGUGUGCAAUCAUGCUUUCCACUUCCAUUGCAUUAGCCGAUGGCUCAAAACCCGCCAAGUGUGCCCUCUUGAUAAUAGCGAGUGGGAAUUCCAAAAGUAUGGCCACUAAAAUCCACAGCCCAGAAGUGGGACAACUGGGUCAAAUUCUGAAGUUGUGUAAAUCGACUCCUGGAAGUGAAGAAGUGAUUGAAAACAGUGUCUCCAUUUCAGCAUUGUAAUCUCUCUUUAUUAGUAGCAUAUAAGAGCAACAUCAUGUUUAUUCCUGAAUUCGGGUCAGUCAGGCAAGUUUGCUUAUGCCUAAUGUACCAUUUUGUAAUGCAAUGUGACCUAAGAUUCUGGUUGCUUAAGCAAUAAGCACAGAGUUGUGAUCUCCUAAUUGCUGAAGUAAAACACCAUCAGAAUGCUUGAUUAUUAACUGUGAUAAUAGUUUGUCUCUGCUUGUUAGGGAUCGUGAAUAUAUACUUGUUUGUUUUUCUUA